AUGAAUUCUGACUUCCUGCGCAGUGGGAAACGUCGAGAGAAGUCAGAUGACGAUUAUCCACCGUCUCUGGCCAUUGGUUCUGAUUCGCGUGCCACGAAAAUACGAAGAACUUUGUCUAUCCUUAAUAGCGGCAUAGCCGAUAAAAGCCAAGGGGGCUGGCAAGCUCCAAAUCUCAGCUAUUCUCGGACUGGACCAGCAACUCAUGCAGGAACCCCUAGGAUUGAAAUCAACGGCUCCCGUCGGACUCCUGAAUCUUCCGACUCUAUGGAAUCUGGUGUUGACCCUUUAAUGCCACGAGUUCGUAAUGGCACCAGAGCAGAUGCCACUGCACGGUUGAAUAGUGAACGACGGGAUUUGCUUUCUCCCCUCGUUAGACUGCAAAGGAUCGUGUCUAGGAGGACAAAUAUUGUCAAGCAAGAAGAGGAUGUGCCCAAUAACCAGCGCUCAGGGCUAAUUGGUUGGGUAAUCCCUCAAUUUCGCGGUGGCCAUGAUGUCUUGGGAAGCCGUAUUUCCCUUUCAAAGGGACUAUCUGAUCGCCUAGUUACCACAUAUCUUACUCUAGAGUAUGUGAACCUACCAAUCUUCGAUAUGUCAGGUUUUAAAUCCGCCUAUGAGGCGGUUUGCAGCAGUGGAGAUCUCAACAACGGAUCAACCCUUUUUUACGGCGCAUUGAACGUCAUAUUUGGGAUUUCCUGUUUGGCCACGAGAGAUAUGGACGAAGUUCAAGCGUCCGCCUUCUACGACCAUGGCCAGAAACUUGCCGGUUCGUUUGAUAGCAAUGACAGGUCUCUGCUCAUUCAAUUUUAUAUUCUACAAAGCCAGUAUCUUAACGCAAUAGGCAAUCCAAGACUUGCAUGGGUAGUCAUUGGGUUCGCUAUCCGCUACGCGCAGUCGUUUGGCCUUCCUUUCGGGACUGGGAUUGGAGGAGAUAGAGGAACCAAGGAAGUCAGUCGGAAGAUCUGGCACAGUGCGAUGGUCCUGGAAAGGAUGCUUGCCCUGCAACUUGGACUCUUGCCGCAAACCUCAAAUCCUUUCCAAAUUCCGCUCCCCACGCAUCUGGAUUCAGACUAUAUCGACACAAUCUCGGGCAGAAAGCCAUCUGCAAGAGAACGUCCUUCUACAGUUGAAUUCCUGGCGGCUUCUGCAAGACUCUAUGGCCACGUCGAGGACAUUAUGGCCUUAGAGAAAGAGUACAAAAUUGGCCAUGGCGGCUGCGCAGCGAAGAAGGUUCUCGCUUUGGAUUUGACGUCUUUUCUGAAAGUAGACAACCUUCUGCAUGACUGGAACUUGUCCUUACCACUAUUUCUCCAGCCGGAAGAGCCAGUUGAUUCUUCUGAUGACCCCAUUGUUCUCCGGCAGCGCAAUAUCCUUCGCAUUCGCUAUCUAUAUGUUCGACUACGACUGUACAGGCCGCUUUUCAUCCUCGCAUUAAUCCUCUCCACCAAAUGCAACUGCGACCCAGAAGGCGCAGCGCAUCUCACUGAGAAAGACUUUUCUUCCCCGGAUUCACCCAUCUGUUGGAGCUUCGUUCGUGAUUCUGCGCUCAAAUGCAUAUCCGCAGCCAUGGAGCUGGUGAAGAUCGUCAGCGCGAAUGAUAAUCAGCGCAGACCAUUUCGAAACAACAACAACAACAACAAAAAUGUAGAAGACUCUCAUAUCAAUCCUGUCCCUGCAUAUUGGGAAAAUGUGGAUUACAUAUAUGCCAGUGGAACGAUCCUCAUCGCCUCAGGCCUGUGCCCCUUUAUCAGUUCCAAUGAGACCGACCAGGUCAACAGAUGGAAGAUCGAGAAAAGCUGGUCGAAGGCCCUCCAUCUACUAGAAGCUUACGAGGAGAUCCGUCAGCAAAGCAAGUCAUUGAAAAACGUCGCACAGAUCUGUCUGAAAACACUGAAGAGCUUCCCCAGUGCAGCGGAGGGGUUAUUGGAGGCCCUCAUCAUGAAUGUAGGUCUUGAUGAGAGAGCAAGAAAUGGAAGCAUCCCCCGGAAAGUUAGCGGGGCAUCGCGUCUCUCCAAUGAAACUACUACGGGCUCGAAUGCUUCCCCAUCCUGCUCUGAUCAGACAACAGUGCAAAGACUCUUUGGCUGGAUAGAAAGUCUACCUGCUGACUUGGAUGGGUGAUGGUAUUCAAACGAUUCUUUACUUUCGGAUUUCGUUUGGCUAAAUUUGCCAAUCUAUAACUCUUUGUCUUGGACCCAAGACUUAUGAAGGGUACCGCUCAUGAUGACUUCCCCAUAUAAGAUCGAGUGGGAUAGUCAUACCAUCUUUUACUCGAUGGCUGAAUUGCAAAUCUGCUCUGGCCCGUUUAUUGUUUGGGCUGGCGGGCUCUAGACAUAUGGAGAUGGGAGCAUUCAUCAGGCCCAUGUCCACUGGGUUUCUCACAACAUUCUCUGCAACAAGAUAGCAUAAUCGAUAACAAC